GUUUUUCAUCGCCGUCUUCCUCUCUCAAUUUCUUAAAUUUGCCAUGGAUCUCACCUCCGAAUCUCACAAAUUUUCAUAGUCGGUUGUAUGUAUCCACCUUGCCAUCGCUCCUCAUCGACCGUUCAUAAGCAAAUGGAGACCGAAACGACGACGAUGUGACGACUCUGAAGCAGCUUGCCGCCUCCGUUUGCCGGAAUUUCAGCUUUCACGGCCACCUACGCCGCAGCAUAAUCUUCCGGCAUUUAUCUAUGUACCCAUGUCUUUAUGUGCUUCUUCUAGUAAUUACUGUGCUGAAAAAAUUCCGCACGUCCAUGGCCAGGGUGUACUUGGUCAGGCAUUUGUUGUUAGCCUGCAUCAGUGCCGAAAAAUUGAUUGGGUAUCGCGUGGUUUCUUGGGCUCAGACGAUGUUCCUGAGAGGCGGGGGCAUCUGGAGGCUUGAGCGGCAUGACGAGGCCGUUGGCAAAGAGCUUGUUCGCGAAAUCGAUUACACCAUCGUGCCCUCCAUAGUAGUCGACGAAGCAGCCGUAGGUCGGGCCGAAGUGGAGGCAGCCGCUGCCGAUGCGAGAGGUACUAGCUGGUUUUGUCACCAGAUGUCAAGCUUUUUCCUGUUGUGGAGGCGUGAGUCCUAUCUGUGAUUUUCAUAAGUAUACUUGUUUGGGCUUAAACUGGAUAUCUAAACAAUAAACUGUAUGUGUGACCUGUUGGUAUGUGUAUCCUGUGUCUAGUUAGUUUAAUGCUUUAUCAUGAACUGGC